AAGGGGGAGGCCGCGGCCGGGGCCGGCGGGAUGGGGCGGGGUCGGCCCGACCGGCGCCCCCCGGCGCAGGCUCACCUGGGCUGCCCGCCCGCCUGCACCUGGGCUGGGUCCGCGCGACCAAGAGCGGGGUACUGGGAGUGCGAGCGCGGCCGGGUGUGCUGGGGUCGGGCCCGAUCAGCCCGAGCGGAGGGCGAGGGGGUGCCGAUGCCUCGUGUGCCGGUAUGGACGUGGGCGCCCUCGCUCGACGCCGGCCCAGGGAAAGCCGAGUAGGAAGGGGCCCAGGGCCCGGGUCCAGCCUGCCCAGGCCGUCCCGACUUGCUUCCGCCCUGGUGGCCUAGCUGGAGUCUGGAGAGAGUGCUGGGCCUGGCCUGGACCCUUCCCUAAGGCUCCCCUUUUAGGCUGCCAUGGACUGGAGGAGGCCCAAGUGCCCAGGCUCGGACUGGUUCCUUUCAUGCACUGCAGGGAUGCCAGAAGGUCCCGGUUCCCUGGGCUGGGGUGGGUGGAUGGGGCCCCUGGCCCAGGCAGCCGCUAACAUCCUGGGGUGCGCUAACCCCCUUUGGCCCUACAGCUCACCCACUUGCGGUCUGCAAGACUCCUCUGCCCAAAUGCCACCCCCAGCCUCCUCCCUGCUGCCAAAUUCCUCUGUCUACUUGGUGCAGGGUCUGCUGGCCUCGUGCGAUAGGCCCAGAUCCCUCCCUCUGGAUCCUCCUUCCAGUCACUGAGAACCCCCAGGCCUGCCCCGUGGGAAGGACUUCCGGUGGAAGUCCCUGGUUAGGGAGCCCACUGGAACCCUGAGGGCCCUGGAGGCUUUGUCGGCUGGGUCAGAGGUCAGCCUACAAGGAGCGGGAUUCCUGCUGAGUCAUUGGCUGGGGUCGGAUAAGCGCCCCUCCCUUCCUUGGGGCAGGCGUUUGGUAGGCACACGUGUGGACAGACCACUGUUGGGGGUUCUCCGUCGCUAGCUGGGAGUGGCUGCUGCCCAGUCCAUAGUCAGGGGUGUACAGAUUAAAGAAAGGAAACAGGCAAAGUAAUAAGGCAGGGCCAGGCCACCUGGUGUGCUCACGCUGUGCGGGCGUCCCUUCCUGAACAGUCCUGUCGGCUGACAAGGUUUCUUGCCUACCCUGGGAUGCCCCCACCAUGCGCUACACGCAUCCCGGACAGUUCCUGCCAAUUUCCCUCCUCAGUGAAGUAGGAGAGGGUUGGAUCCCUUCUACCAUGCCUCCCUGACUUGGAAAGUGGCACCCUCAAAGGUCCCUGGCCCCGACAUGGCCCGUCGCUCCCAGAGCUCCUCGCAGGGGGACAACCCGCUAGCACCCGGGUACCUGCCACCCCACUACAAAGAGUACUACCGCCUGGCAGUGGACGCGCUGGCCGAGGGCGGCCCAGAGGCCUACAGCCGCUUCCUGGCGUCCGAAGGUGCGCCUGCCUUCCUGUGCCCUGAGGAGCUGGAACACGUGAGCCGCCACCUGCGGCCCCCACAGCACGUUGCUCCUGAGCCCCCAGAAGGCAGCCCUCCCAAUGUGGACUUGGAUGGCUCCUCUGGCACCUACUGGCCUGUGAACUCAGACCAGGCGGUACCUGAACUCGACCUGGGCUGGCCCCUGACCUUUGGCUUCCAGGGCACUGAGGUCACCACACUGGUGCAGCCACCGCCACCUGACAGCCCCAGCAUCAAGGAUGAGGCUCGAAGGAUGAUCCGCUCUGCCCAGCAGGUGGUGGCUGUGGUGAUGGACAUGUUCACCGACGUGGACCUUCUUGGUGAAGUGUUGGAGGCUGCUGCUCGCCGCGUUCCAGUCUACAUCCUCCUAGAUGAGAUGAAUGCGCAGCACUUCCUGGACAUGGCCGACAAGUGCCGCGUCAACCUGCACCACGUGGAUUUCCUGCGUGUGCGCACUGUGGCGGGCCCCACCUACUACUGCCGCACUGGGAAGUCCUUCCAGGGCCAUGUGAAGGAGAAGUUCCUCCUAGUGGAUUGUGCCGUGGUGAUGAGUGGGAGCUACAGCUUUAUGUGGUCCUUCGAGAAGAUCCACCGCAGCCUGGCGCACGUAUUCCAGGGCGAGCUGGUCUCCAGCUUCGAUGAGGAAUUCCGCAUCCUCUUCGCACAGUCCGAGCCGCUGGUUCCCUCGGCCGGGGCGCUGGCCCGCAUGGAUGCCUACGCCCUGGCUCCAUACGCCGGCGCUGGGCCCGUCAUGGGCGGCCAAGUGACGGGGGCACCGACCCCUUUCUCCUUCCAAAAACGAGCCCACGUCCUGUUCCCACCGCCUCGGGAAGAAGGCCUGGGCUUCCCCUCCUUUCUCGACCCUGACCGCCACUUUCUGUCGGCCUUCCGCCGAGAGGAGUCACCGCGGAUGCCGGGGGGCGCCCUGGAGCUGCACGCUGGGAUGCGGCCACUGUCACGGCGGCUGGACGCCGAGGCCGGACCAGGCGGGGAACUCUCGGGCCCGCGGGGCUUCCUUCAGGCACGGCACCUAGAGAUGGAUGCCUUCAAGAGGCACAGCUAUGCGGCCGCAGACGGCAUGGGCGCCGUGGAGAAUUUCGCAGCCGCACGGCAGGUGUCGCGACAGACGUUCCUCAGCCACGGUGAUGACUUCCGCUUCCAGACCAGCCAUUUCCACCGCGACCAGCUCUACCAGCAGCAUUACCAGUGGGACCCGCAGCUUGCCCCCGCACGUCCACAGGGCCUGUUCGAGAAGCUGCGCGCCGGCCGCCCUGGCUUCACCGACCACGAUGACUUCACCCUGGGCGCUGGGCCACGCUUCCCUGAGGUCAGCCCAGACGGACACCAGCGGCUGGACUACGUGCCGUCCAGUGCGUCGCGGGAGGUGCGCCAUGGCUCGGACCCCGCCUUCGGGCCUGGGCCCUGUGGUCUGGAACCCGGCGGGGCCCCACGCCCCAAUCUGGGCCAGCGCUUCCCUUGCCAGGCGGCAACAAGGCUAGGCCCAGAGACUGGGCCCGAGGCGGAGCCGGAGCGCAGGGGCGGGCCCGAGGGGCGGGCGGGACUGCGACACUGGCGCCUGGCCUCCUACCUGAGCGGCUGCCACGGUGAGGACGCGGGUGACGAGGGCCUGCCUGCACCCAUGGAGGCCGAGGCCUAUGAAGACGAUGUGCUGGUUUCUGGGGGCCGGGUGGCCGCCGGGGACCUACUUCCCUCAGCCUUCCGCAGCGGUGGUGGGGAUGGCCCAGAUCGCGAGGGCCUGGAGGAGGCAGGCCUUACCAAACAGGAUUCUUUCCGCUCGCGCUUGAACCCGCUGAUUCAGCGCAGCUCUCGGCUGCGCUCCUCGCUCAUCUUCAGUGCCUCGCAGGCUGAGGGGACGGGCGGGGCUGCAGCAGCCACCACGGAAAAGGUGCAACUGCUGCACAAGGAGCAGGCGGUCAGCGAGAUGGUGGGGUCCAGUGGCGAGGCUGUGCGCUCUGCUGCCUCCACCAAGGUGGCCGAGCUCCUGGAGAAGUACAAGGGCCCGUCUCGAGAUCCCGGCGGCGGCGGCGGCGUGGGGGCCUCAGUCACAGUGGCCAGCCAUAGCAAAGCUGUCAUGUCCCAGGCGUGGCGGGAGGAGGUGUCGGUGCCUGGUGGCACAGGGGGUGAGCGCCGCAGCCUGGAAAGCUGCCUGCUGGACCUGCGCGACUCCUUCACACAGCGGCUUCACCAGGAGGCUGAGCGGCAACCGGGAGCUGCCACUCUCACUGCCACCCAGCUGCUCGACACCCUGGGUCGGAGCGGCAGCGGCACAGACCGGCUGCCUUCCCGCUUCCUCUCUGCCCAGGGCCACUCCACCUCCCUGCAAGGGCAAGACGGCCCCCCACCAGAGGGGCCUGGAGCGCACCAAGCACCCCACUCUGAGCCAAAAGGGAGUCCCACCUCAGCCUACCCAGAGCAGAAGGGGGGUCCCACGCCUGGGUUCCCCACCCGCAGAGGCAGCCCCACCACAGCAUUCACCGAGCAGAAAGGGAGCCCCACCUCUGUCUAUCCUGAGCGCAAGGACAGCCCUGUGCCUCCCGUCCCGGAGCGCAGGGGCAGCCCGGUGCCCCCUGUGCCAGAGCGCAGGUGCAGCCCAGUACCCCCUGUGCCAGAGCGCAGAGGCAGCCUCACCCUUCCCCUCUCUGGGGAGUCUCCGAAGACCGGGCCCACAGAGGAGGCGGCCGGCGGUCCCAUGGAAGUUUUGCGCAAGGGUUCCGUGCGGCUGCGGCAGCUGCUGAGCCCCAAGGGUGAACGGCGCACAGAGGAUGAGGGCAGCUUCCCAGCUCCGCAGGAGAACGGGCAGCCUGAGAGCCCCCGGCGCCCAUCUCUGGGCCGGGUUGACAGCACAGAGGCCACAACGGGAGAUGAGCGGGGCCCACGGGGACGCGUGGCCUCGGCCACAGCUAACGCCUUGUACAGCAGCAACCUGCGGGACGACACAAAAGCCAUUCUGGAGCAGAUCAGCGCCCACGGCCAGAAGCACCGGGGAGGCCCCUCCCCGGCCCCGACCCCGACCCCCGCCCACGGCAGCCCCGAGCUAGGCCGCCCACCAGCUGCCAGCGGCCUGGCCCCUGACAUGUCCGACAAGGACAAAUGUUCAGCCAUCUUCCGCUCGGACAGCCUGGGGACGCAAGGCCGGCUGAGCCGCACGCUGCCAGCCAGCACGGAGGAGCGCGACCGUCUGCUGCGCCGCAUGGAGAGCAUGCGCAAAGAGAAGCGCGUCUACAGCCGCUUCGAGGUCUUCUGCAAAAAGGAGGAGGCCGGGGGGCCAGGGGCCGGGGAGGGCCCGGCCGAGGAGGACACCAGGGACAGCAAGGUGGGCAAGUUCAUGCCCAAGAUCCUAGGUACAUUCAAAAGCAAGAAGUGAGCCUCCUGGCCCACCAGCCCAGGUUGGGGCGCCUGCUCACUGCGACCUGGCCCUCAGCCAAAGCGGUUUGGAACCCGACUGAGCACAGCCAGAGAGCCCGGCUCAACUUGGGGCUCGCCCGGCGGCCAGCCUCCCUGCCUCUUGCCCCCUGGCCUCUCCCCCUGAGGGCCCCAGCCCUCGCUGCCCCUGCCGUACCCCCCAACUCCACUUCUCUGUCUUAGUCUCUGAACCUUUGGCCUCCCCCUUCUUACACAUCUGUCUCCACUGUCUCUUUGGGCUUCAGGUCCACUUUGGGUCACCUCAGGGACCCAUCUUUCUGUGCCUCAGUCGCCCUUCUCUCAGGUCCUGGUAUCUCAGGGCUUCUGUGUCUCAGGGUCCCCCUCUGUGCAUGGCCUCCCGCCUGUGCUGCUUCACCGGCAGCCUCUCCACUGUCUCCCGGCUGCCACGUCCUCUCUCCAGACCUCCCACCUGCUCAGGGCCUGUUUGCCCCCACCUCCCUGUCAGGUCACUGAGAGGUCACUUCCUGCCCUGCUCCUUCCCUCACUGCCUCCUGGCACCUGUCUUGGUGGAGGAGCUGGGGGGAGUGUGUGGCCACAGAGGACCCCUCUGUGGGGCGGCCCUCCUGAGGAGAGCUGGAAGAGACGUGGCUGCCCCUGCAGCGAGGCCGUGGCCGUCACCUGGUGAGGAGCAAGCGCGCGGGGCCCCAGCCCCACUAAGGGUCCCUCGCAGGUGCCAUCCCAGCCACACUCGAGAAAGGGGUGGGUGUGGUGCUCUUGUUCUGUGAGGGCAGGGGAGGGGUGCAGCGGCACCUGAGGCCCAGCCCACACAUCCGAGGGGCCUUGGUGCCCCGUGAGGUGGGAGUGGUCCUUGCCCUGCAGGUGGCCAGCAGAGCCCGACCCCACGCUGGUCUGCGUCCUUUCCCUUGUCACCAACCCAGAAAUUUGUCCAGGUCUCCCCACUGAGCCUUCUGGUAUCUUUUUACCUCCAGACAGGGACUGUGAUCUGGAGUGACAUAUCUUGGCACCAAAUGCUUGUAAGUCCCCCACUGUAGGUGCUAGCAUUGUUAAAUUAGUGUUUGCACUAUUUCUUUUUAAAUAGUUUUUUUGGUUUGGUU